CCGGUCUGUCCGGGACGAGUGGGUCUCUCCCGGAAGUAGUUGGUUAGCAUUCAGCAACAGUUAUUAGCCUGAUAGCACAAAUCUUCUGAUUUAUGUUGUGAUUAAAGGACGAUAAAACCCAUUAUGUCAACGCAAACGAUAACAGUGACAGUUGCAUACGGAUCAACUAAGCACAGCAUCACAUUAACUGGUGAGGAUGACGUCAAGGGCCCGAUAGUCAAAGACCUCUCCGAUGCUCUCACCAAAGCUACUGGAGUUCCUCAAACGUCGCAGAAACUUAUCUUUAAAGGGAAAUCUCUGAAGGACGUGGAGGAGAGUCUGUCCAGCGUAGGAAUAAAAGAAGGGUGCAAACUCAUGCUGAUUGGAAAACGGAACAGUCCAGAGGAAGAAACUGAGCUGAAGAAGCUGAAAGACAUUGAGAAAUCUGUGGAACAGACGGCUAAAAAGCUGGAGAAGGUAGACGGGGAGUUGACUGGACUCAAGAAUGGCUUCCUGGCAAAAGACCUCCAGGCAGAAGCGUUGGGUAAACUGGACCACAGAGUGAAAAUAGCAGCUGAACAGUUCAUGAAGAUCCUAGAGCAGAUUGAUGCCAUGAGUAUCCCGGAGAAUUACAACGACUGCAAAAUGAAGAAAAAGGGACUUGUAAAAACUGUGCAGGACUUCCUGGCCCAGUGUGACAAGAUCGAGGCUUGUAUAUCAGAUCACCUUUCAAAGAUCCAGUCAAAAAAUCUUGCCCUGGCGGAGUAGUCACAGUCGCACCAUAUCUUGUGCUAUACGUUGCUCUGUGAGCAACUGCAAAGUGUACAGAAAGCGUCAAGUGUGUCUAUUUAUUUUUGUUUUGAUGUACGUGAGAGACUCUUCAUCACAGAAAAUCCUGUGAACAGGAGGCUGGUUAUUGGCGCUGAUGCUGGGAACAUCUGGAAUACAUGGUUCUGUGUUGAAGACGUGUGAAAGUACUCCUUGAGAGGUUCUAACCAAAGGAUCCCGGGUGCUUUGAUUUGUGAUAAAUGAUGUAGCUCCACUUUUUUAAAAAGUGCUGAAAAUAACGGCCCUGUUCGAAUGUCAAUAUCAUUUCAACAAUUUCAUAGAAAGCGGAGUUCUUCUCACUGCUAGUUCACACAUGGCAACAAGAAUGAUGACAUUGACGAGCGUACAUCUGCUGUGCUAAACGUUAGCGCUCCUCUGAGGAUCUCCCACUGGAUCGGGGAUCCUGGCCGAAGGGAUUUGCUCUUGAUAAAAAGUUCAGGCACUGAUGCUGGAAUGUUUCAGUCCAUCCCAUGAGAUGUUGGUUGAGCUCAUUGCAGAACUGGAAAAAACAAACCUUAUUUAGUCCCAGAUCUGCACAAACUGUUCCUCAGUGAAUUAUUUUCUAAUAAACCUGUGUAUUGAUUGGAACUGCAGAGCGAACCCCAAAGCAGAGCUGAAACUAUUUGUUGAUUGAUUUCAUGAUUGGUGAGACUUGUUGAGGGCAUUUCUCACAACCUCAAAAAGGAUUUCAUGAAUGAAUCAAGGAAACUGCAAAUCCAGCCCCAUUAUGAAUAGAAAUAUAGAAAUGUAAGAACACAAUGCUGUCCACCCACCUUUUGCCAUGUUGCAUCUAUUUAAUAUUCUACCUGUGGAUUAAACUCCAAGCCAGCCCCUUUAGUUUAAUCCAGUGUACCACGCAUCGUCGAAGUUAUUGUGAACUGUGGAACUGUGUUUGCUUUCAAUCUCCCUCGAUUUAAAAUAAAGCCUCUGAAAACUGA